AUGUUUUGCUCCAUCCUUACCGUAGUCGCAAAGUUCUAUGAUGAAUGGAACAUCCAAGGUUUCAUUCUGUUCAGUGUCUCACUACAGGCUGUUCUAAUUCUGUUUGCACCAUUCAGAAAGCGCACGGGAAAUGUGAUUGUAUUGAUUUGGGUAGCUUACUUGCUGGCCGAUUGGGUUGCUAGCUUUUCAGUGGGACUUAUUUCCAACAGUCAAAAAUAUUCUCGGAAGUCUGAUGAUCAUUCUGCUCUUCUGGCGUUUUGGGCUCCCUUUCUUUUGUUACACCUUGGCAGUCCAGAUACCGUAACUGCUUUUGCUCUGGAGGAUAAUGUCCUCUGGAAAAGGCACAUGGUUGGGCUCCUAAGCCAGGUUGUUACUGCUAUGAUUGUCUUCAGCCAAACUCUUCCUACAAACAGGUUAUGGGUCCCUACUUUCCUUAUGUUUGUCGCUGGAACCAUCAAGUAUAGUGAGCGAACGAGUGCUUUAUUUCUUGCGAACCCGAAUAAAUACCGAGAAUCCAUUUUUGCAGCUGAUUUCCAAUGGGAUACCUUUGAAAAGCUCAUGGCCUUCUUGGAGAAAUACUCUUGGAAGAAAGAGGAGGCCAAACUCCCAACUGAUCAGGUAGGAUUGAUGGUACAAGAACCUAAUAAUGAUCAUGAAAUACCGUCCAUGGCGCCGCCGCCAAAGCCGGAUGAUGUGGGGGUGGUGUACGUUGCUUAUUGCUUAUUCAAAAUGUCCAAGGGUCUCAUCGUGGAUAUCAUCUUGACUUCCUUCGAGCGCCAGGAGAGCCGAUCGUUUUUCCAAGAAAGAGACCAGGGAGAUGCCUUUAAAGUGCUAGCGGUUGAACUCAACUUCAUGUAUGAAGUACUUCUCUAUACCAAGGUUGUCGUGGUGCGUUCAUUGCCUGGGUACAUUGUCCGGUUUAUAUCGUGGUGUGCGGUUGUGGCAGCCCUCUCAACCUUCUAUUCAAUAAAAAAGCAUGGUUUUGGCAAGAUUGAUGUUGGAAUUACAUAUACCUUGCUCUUUGGUGCCAUGGGCUUUGAUACAAUUGCUCUGUUUAUGCUGGCUUUCUCUGAUUGGACUGCUGUUUCCAUGACGGAGUACUUCUUGCGGCGGAGGGAUAGUAUUAAUACCUGCAAAGCCGCUAUAGGAAGAUGCUUCCUCCCUCUCCCAAGAUGCUUCCUCCCUCUCCUAAGAUACUUCCUCCAACUCAAGAAGAUAAACUGGGGGGAAGAUAUAGAAGAAGAAAAGAGUUUGUUGGGAUGGGGUAGACGAAUCAUAUUCCGGAGGUGGUAUGAAUCAUUACAUACAUUCAACCUGAUAGAAUAUUUUCUAAAAAACGAUAUUUAUGAUCGGAUGAAAUAUGUUUCCAAGAAACCAUUAACAAAAAAGCUAUGGGUUUUCAUCUUUGAUGAGCUGAAAAAGAAAUCCGAGCUCGUAGAUGAUCCUGACACUGCUAAGAAGCUAUAUUCAGCCCGAGGGGAUUGGGUUCUACGACAGAAUAGUAGUGAACAUGGGAUUAAUGAGACUAGUCGUAGCAACUUGAUGUAUUAUAUUAUCGACUAUGACUAUGAUGAGAGCCUUCUAUUAUGGCAUAUUGCUACAGAACUCUGCUAUGAUCAUGAGGAGAGUCACGAUGAUAGUGAAGAAGAUGAUGCUAAAAAUCGUCGUGAAUUUUGUAAAAUCCUUUCGGAUUAUAUGUUAUAUCUUCUAGUUAUGUAG